AACAUGAUGCUUCUCGGUAAAGUUUCACUUUUAUUUUCGAUCACUUGUGAAUACCAUACCAUACUCGAUCGCUUAAAGCUUCUCUGUUUCUCGCUUUAAAACUCUUGAUAUUUCUUCGUCACGAUGAGUAAGAUAACACUUUAUCACUACACUAACAAAGCUGGAGCCGACGGAAUAGACAAAAGUAAAGUUAUCAAAGGAUCUACCUAUGAAACUCCUGCACAGAACCGUAGACACGGCACAGGAGUGUAUUUUACAUCAAUCGCUCCAAACAAGAAUCCUAAGUCCAUUCUUCUCAACAACUACGAUGACGCAGGUCAUGUGGUAAACAGCAAGAGGUUGUGGGCCAAGAUAGAAUGGGUAGUUGAAGUUGCCAUUCCAGUUUCUGAUGUGAAAAAAGUCGAGGGACAAGGCAACCGUGAUAUCUAUCUCUACCGUGGUGAUGUCAAACUCAGUGGUCUUCAGUGCAGCAUUUAUGAAAACCCUUAUGUGUAAUACCAUGCAAUACAGAUUGAAUGACUGACACCAAGAAUUUGUGUUAAUACUGAACCUUUAGUUUUUGGAUCACUUGGUCACAUGGUACAAAAUCCGCCAUAUUGGAUGGCAAUUUCUAUCAUGUUUCCAAGUGAUACAAGUAGGCCUGUCCCACUCAUUUCUUAAGAAAAAUUCAAUGUUUUUAACAAGCUGUAUUUCUAUUGUUCUGACUUUUUAUCUGAUAAACACGUCGAUCUUUCUAUUUCAGUCAUCUUCACCGUCUUAUUAAUAAAGAGUUUCACCUUAAA